AUGUUGGAUCACCAAUCUAGCGCUACGAUAGAUGACCUGGAGUCCAUGCUAAUUAAUGAAGACACAAAGCCAAAGGCUCUGCCUCUCUCACUUCUCAAAGAAAUUACAAGUGAUUUCUCCGAGGAGAAGAUCAUUGGACGCGGUGGAUAUGCAGUGGUUUAUAAGGGAUCCGUCAGGAAUCGCACGAUCGCUGUGAAGAAGCUCUCCCCACAGUCUCAACCAGGAUUGGGUGAGAAGACAUUCAACGGAGAGAUUGAAUGCCUGAUGAAGGUGAAGCACAAAAAUGUAGUUCGGUUUCUAGGUUAUUGUUACGAGACGCAAGGGCAGAUUAUAAGAGCAGAUAACAUACCGAAACCUGUCAUGGCACAACAAGAACAACGAUUGCUUUGUUUUCAGUAUCUACCUAACGAAUCUCUUGAUAAACAUAUCACAGAUCCAUCUUGUGGACUUGAAUGGAAACAACGCUAUCAAAUAAUCAGUGGAGUCUGCGAGGGCUUACAUCAACUUCAUGAGCAAACUAUUCUUCACAUGGAUCUGAAACCACAAAAUAUACUUCUGGAUGACGACAUGGUCCCAAAAAUUAUUGAUUUUGGCUUCUCGAGGUGCUUGGAAGACAAUCAAAGCAAGGUUGAAACUGAAAAUAGAUAUGGAACAUUGGGAUAUAUGGCACGAGAGUUCUUCAAAAAUGGCAUAUUCACAAAAAGGUGUGAUUUGUUUAGUCUUGGUGUCAUAAUUAUGGAGCUAUUGACAGGAGAGCGCAAGGAGUACUGUGCCAUUGCCGAUGUAAGAGCAGUUUGUCACCUUUUCAUUUUAGACAAAUCACAGACACACAGACAAUUGGAGCAGAUAAAAGUAUGCGCCCAGAUAGGGAUUCAGUGCAGCGAUCCUAACCCAAACAAUAGACCACCAGAUACAAAGGAUAUAAUUGAUAGGCUUCAAAAAGUGGAUCGCAUACAGGAAACCCAAGAGUCCGGCAAGCCACUUCAAGUCCAACCGACCGUACUCGUGUUUGACUUGCAACCAGGGAAGUUGAGCCCAUGCUCACUGCAGCUAACAAACGACACGGAUGGACACGUGGCAUUUAAGCUUAGUACAACAGAGAGUGUGGACUGGUCGGAGCACUUCACGUCCAGGCUGCCGCUAUACGGCAUUGUGCCGGCGCGAUCCACGUACACUCUCAUUCUGACAGUGUUGGAGCGGGAUAGUAUACCACACAACAGAUUUUGUGAUAUGAUCCUGCAGAUCUGUCCAUCAAACUGGCAAAUCUUAUCCAUGGAGGAACCGCGAACACCUCUGUUUUCCAUAGAUGCUCACCCGACCAAACCAUGGAUCAUAACUGGUUAUGCUUGCGGACGCGUUAGCAUUUGGAACCACAACACACAGAAGCUACUGUAUUCGUUUAAAGUCUCGUUCGGACCAGUUUAUUCUGUUAAAUUUAUUGCACGGAAGCAAUGGUUCAUUUCCAGCUCAGCAGAAGGUCUCGUACAUGUGUACAGUUAUGAAACAAAUAUGCAAAAGAAGAGGACUUUCAAAGCUCAUUCUGGCCCCGUAUCGCUAGCUGUUCAUCCAACCCAUCCGUAUGUGGUGUCAUCGCCUUUUUCAGGCCGAGACCGACAGCAGAAGCUAUGGGACUGGGAUCAGGACUGGAAAUGCACACAAACAUUUGAGAAGGAACACUUUCCAUGCGACUUUUUCUACAAAGUCACUUUUGACCCAAAGGAGACCAAACGUUUUGCUAGCGCCACGUAUGACACGGUGAAGGUUUGGAGCCUUGAUUCCCCCAAAUAUAAACGUAUUCUGCCUAGGUAUUUUAAAGAAGUGACCUUCCUGGAAUUCUUCACACGUGGUGAUCAGCAAUAUUUGAUUAUUACCACCUCUCAUGAUAUGACAGCACACAUAUGGGACAUGGUGAAGAACGCAUUUGUUAAUAUUGAGCUGCAAAGUCCAGUGUCUCCGGUAGCUUCACUUUUCUCAUCACAUCACAAUCUACCGACAUUACUUACAUGUUCAAUUCAAGGCACCUCUCGUGUGUAUAGCACCAAGGAUUUCAGGUAA